AAAGGUUCAAGCUCUCUUUCUAGCGUUUUUACCUUUUUCUUCAUUUUAAUCCCCUUACAAAGGAUACAAGAAGCAAGUCAAGACGACCAAAACCUCUCACAGUUGCAGUUGAACUAGAGCUCUUCCCUUUUGAAUUUGAUUUGAUGGAUAUGAAAAGUGAAGUAAAAAAAACCUCGCAGUCACAGCAUCUGAUAAUCGAAGAAUGGAAUGGCUCUUCUUCAACAAAGCUCUUUAAAACUGCUAUAAUCUCUGCUUCCCCCUCUCUCUUCAUUCAUAGAUCCGGUAGCCGUUUCAAUCAUAUCUGGAGACGACUUCUGCAAGCCUUUGUACCUGAGGGAUUCCCCGGCAGUGUGACUCCGGAUUAUUUGCCAUUUCAAAUAUGGGAUUCUUUGCAGGGUCUCUCUACAUACAUUAGGACCAUGCUUUCUACACAGGCUCUCUUGAGUGCCAUUGGUGUUGGUGAGAAGUCGGCAACUGUUCUUGGUGCAACAUUUCAGUGGUUUUUGAGGGACCUAACUGGAAUGCUUGGAGGUGUCCUGUUCACAUGUUAUCAGGGCUCAAAUCUGGAUAGCAAUGCUAAAAUGUGGCGUCUGGUUGCAGAUCUUUUGAAUGAUCUUGGGAUGUUGAUGGACCUUCUUUCCCCUUUGUUUCCUUCAGUUUUUGUGUUUGUUGUUUGCUUGGGGAGCUUAUCAAGAUCAUUUACUGGUGUUGCAAGUGGAGCUACUAGAGCUGCUUUGACACAGCAUUUCGCCCUCCAAAAUAAUGCUGCUGAUAUAUCUGCCAAGGAAGGGAGUCAAGAGACAAUGGCCACAAUGAUUGGCAUGGCAUUUGGAAUGCUUCUUGCACGUAUAACAAUAGGGAAUGCAUUAGCUAUUUGGUUUUGCUUUCUUUCGCUCACUAUGUUCCAUAUGUAUGCAAACUACAAGGCUGUACGUUGCCUUGCAUUGACUUCAUUAAACUUAGAAAGGAUGUCAAUUCUUCUUCAGCAUUUCAUGGAGACUGACCAAGUACUUUCUCCGGAUCAGGUCUCUACCAUGGAGCAUGUUUUGCCCAUAUGGAUCACUUCAUGUUCAAAGAAUUCUAAGUUACUGCACAAGCAGGUAGACUUAGGUUUAAGGGUUUCCUCCCUUGAUCGUCAAGAAAUGAUGGAGCUGCUGCAUUCUGCUGGAUCUUUUUACACAAAAGCGAAAUACAUGUUAUUGGAGAGGAAGGGAAUCAUUGUUGUCAUUGUACAUAAAGAUUCAACUGCUGCAGAAGUAUUGUAUUCAUACAUUCACGCACUAGUUAUGGCAAACCUUAAGAAGGGAACCAAUACUAUCCAUUCAGAGAGUCAGUCAUGGAUGGAUAAGCAUUAUGAAGGUUUUAUUGAGAAGCUGAAAUCAUCAGGUUGGAAAACUGAACGUCUACUUUCUCAUUCUAUCAUUUGGAGGGCAAACUGGAAGUAUGCACCAGCAGAUAAAAAGAUAGACUAGGUAAUUACUAGUCUGUCUCAUCAAAAUGGUGGGAAGAACAGAAAUUUACAUAUGUUUCAUUAGGGAGUGAACUGCAUUGCUUCUGUCACUUAGCCAAUCCUUCCAAUCUUGAUGAGAGCAAUUUCAGCAGAGACCUAUUUAAGGGAUAAGAGGGUUAUCUUCCAUGCAAUCUAUAAAUUAAAAUCUCUUACUCUCAUCCAAAUGGUUGGUCUAAAGUCAAGGUUUGGAUGUUUUUACUUACCUAGUCUGUCUCAUCAAAAUGGUGGGAAGAACAGAAAUUUACAUAUGUUUCAUUAGGGAGUGAACUGCAUUGCUUCUGUCACUGAGCCAAUCCUUCCAAUCUUGAUGAGAGCAAUUUCAGCAGAGACCUAUUUAAGGGAUAAGAGGGUUAUCUUCCGUGCAAACUAUAAAUUAAAAUCUCUUACUCUCAUCCAAAUAGUUGGUCUAAAGUCAAGGUUUGGAUGUUUUUAUUUUCCAAGCGACUGAGUAUUGUGCCUUAUUAAUCUUGCUUUAUUUUAAAUUAUGGAUAACAAUACUUCAAUGUACUAAAUUAUCAUUUUUUUCGAAUGAAAUAACUAAAAUUAUUAAUAUUUCUA